GAAAAAGUCGAGGAAUUUGCGAGGAAGAUUUAACGAGUGUUACUUCUACUAGUACUACUAUAACAACUGUAUGGAAGUUAAUAGCCCAUGGUCAUCAAGACCCUUUAAUUAUUUGGGCUAAUGCAGAGAAUUGCUGCCACUAGGAAUACAUUUAGUUUAGGGUUCAGGUUAGGUUUAGGGAUACAUUUAGGUUCAUUGGGGAUACAUUUAUUAAAUUUUAAUUAAAUUUAUUUAUAAGUAGUUAGGGUUAGGUUAGGUUUAUUGACAGUGAAUUAUGAAAGUUCACGGGUCGUGGCAACCAAGAAGGCGGCCAUGUGAUACGUCAUGGCACCAAUUGUCUGCAUUUACCAAAUAUAUAUUAUUUAUUGACUACUCUGAGUUAAAAAAAAAUUCUUUACAGUUUACGAAACACCAAUUUCACAUCCAGAAAAGGGUCACUCUCAUGUCAUGACUGUCAUGUUUACAAGUGGUGGGGCUUCAUUUAUGCUAGUCUAGACUCUAGAGAGACUUAAUGGAGUUGCAGCACUAUUCAAAAGUGAAAUCCCUUAUCUCACACAAAUUUUUUGUACACAUAGGCUAUAGGAGAAUUUCUGUAUUACCGGUAUUGAUAAAUGAAGGCGUAGGCAAACAUAGACUAACUUAGACAGUGAGUGACAUUUUUUUUUUGGUAGUGAAAUCAAUAGUUGAAUAAUUCCACCAAAUACCACCUUAUAACUUGUACUUAUUGAUUAACUUAUAUUUAUAUGCAACAAAGUUAAAGCUUUUGGGUCGAAAAUUAAAAUAAAGACUAAGACAAAUGUUGACUAAAAUAUCAGAACCUUCAUCAACUGUCAAAGCAACUCAAGUUGUGAAAAGCUGUAUUUGCUAGGUUUCUGACAAUGCCUUUUUCUCAGUUAACCUACUAAAUCAAUUGGUGAUAAUUUUAAAAAAUAAAAAUCCUUAAUUUUAGCUGCAACAACUAUCUGGAAGUGGAAGCCUUAUGUAUUUGGCCAUGUGAACGUUAAUGUUUUGCACAGACAGGAUGGAGUUAUUCAAUUCAUUUUGAUAGCUAAAAGAACAUUGUAAAUCAAUACCUUUACUUGGUUACUAUUGGUCUGUUUGAUUGCAGUGUCUCUAUUGCUAACUUUUGGGAUCAAAUACAAUUGAAUUGGCAUUUAACUACAUACAACCACCCUCUUUGCUGGUAGUGAUGGAUUUUUAUGGAGUUUUUCAGCACUAUCAAGGUGCACCUUACUGCCUUUUUAGCUUCCAGUUGUCCUCAAACAUCUUCCCACUUGCAAAGUCUAAUUUGCCUUUACAAACAAGUUACUUCUGUAUUGUAAGAAAAAAUAUCACUCAGCACACAGAUAACAGUUUUUUAUGGAUGAUUGGCUGGCAGAAAUUGUUUCAAUGUCAACACCAAACUGUUAACAGUUCUCUCUCUCUUAUAUAUUUUUUUUUUAUUUUCCAUAAUAAGUUUAUUAAAAUAUAAGAUUUGAGAUUUAGCAGACCUUAACUCUUAUACUAAUUCUAACUCAUUUGAAUUUUUUAUUCUUGAAUUUCAGAUUUAUUAAGUGUUUGAAAAUUCAUCUGUUCCAGUGAUGCCAUUAUUGUUGUUGGGGUAAAAUGUCUAAUACAAAUAUUAUAUAUGAUUAUAUAGCUGGAGCCACAGGAGGUUAGCCAAUCUAUUCUCUUCCUACUUUUCUUUAAAUCUGCAUUUUCUUAUUCACAAUUUUUUUGUUACAUCCAUUAAUUUUGUUUUCAGCAUCACUUUUUCUUUAAAUAUUUCUGAAUAUUUCACUCAUAAAAGCCAAAAGAGUUCCAAUUUAUUUUAGGAUUCUAUUUUUGUUUCAAUAUACUUUUUUUAUUACAUUAUCUAAUUUACUGAAUCCUCUUAAAGUUACUUUUACAAUUCUUAUAUUUGAAAGCAAAGUAUUUUUUUAAUUAAUUGUCUGAAAAAUUAGCCUAAUCCUUUUAGUUUUUAUUUAAAACAGUUUUAGUAUAACCUAGUAAUUAAGACAUAAAAUCUUUAUUCCACAAUCCCAGAAUAAAUAAUUUGACAAAGAGUUGACCCCUGCUUGCAAAUUCAAAAACUUCUAAAUUCUAAGUAUAGAUAAUUUUUCAUUUAGCUUUGUUGUAUGUAUCAUAAAAUUAAUUUCUUAAUCGAUCAGGUUGUGCAGGUAUUGUGGUGGGUCAUCCCUUGGAUACAAUCAAGGUAUGUCAAUUUUAAAAACACUUAAAGAAUCGAAUUACUUUUAAAACAUAUUUUACCAUUGAAAAAUGUCAAGUAAAGUUUCUGUGUAUUACACUCAUAAUCAUAUCAUACAAUCUAAGGCGUCUACUGCUUAACCAGGAUUCAAAUGCAGGACUACUUUACUUUAAGUGUAUGAUGCUGAGACCAUUUAACUUUCUUAAGUAAUAAAAAAUACUGUAUAAAUAUUUUGCACUAGAUAAGUCAAAGUUAUUUGAUUUAAGUGAACUUUAUUUAAAAUUUAAAGAUUUUUUUUUUUAAUUUGUAAUUUUUUUUUUUUUUUUUUUUUUUUUUUUUUUUUUUUUUUUUUUUUAUUUUAUUUUUUUUUUUUUUAUAAAAAAAAAAAAUAUAUAUUUUUUUUUUUUUUUUUUUUUUUUUUUUUUUUUUUUUUUUUUUUUAUUUUUUUUUUUUUUUUUUUUUUUUUUUUUUUUUUUUUUUUUUUUUUUUUUUUUUUUUAUAGAUUUUGAAGUAAAUUAAUUGAUUUUAUAACAAUCAAAGGAUAAUAUACUUAAUGUUAUUUUAAUCGAUUAUCUGGAUUUAUUUUGGUUUUUAACAUAAUGAAUUAGAUUUAAGUAAAAUAAUAUUAAAAAUGAAUAAAAUCUUAAUUUAAACUUAUUUAAUAGGAUUUUCACACUUUUUCCUAAACUGAAAUUUCUUAUUAUAUUCUUAUUAUUGUAAUUGGCUUGCUUAAAAUAUGUUAUCUAUUUAUUUAUGAACUGAAAAUACAAUGUACAAUGUAAUCAAAAACAUUUCAAUUUAUUUGGAUCAAUAAACGAAUCUUAACGUAUCUUUUAAAAAUUAUAAGACACAUUAAAUUAGUAACUAAAACAAAUGUUUUAUUUCUUAUAAUCAACGAUAGUCAUUUUAAUAUUAUAGUCUCUAUAUAAUCUAUUUUAAUAUUAUAAUCUCUAUAUAAUCUAUAUGAAUAAGAAUUUUAAGACUUUCAAAUUAUGAAUACCAAUGUCAUAAUAUUGUCGUUUGUAUGUCUUUUAAUUCCACCAAAGCCUUCUGAUGAAAAAUAUGGGGCAAAAUUUUCAGUCCAUUUCAUUUGCUUUAUAUAGAUUUUUAUGUGUAUUCUGUAUGCAUUGUAUUUUAUUUUUUUAAUCAGGGGUGUCAAAAUCAUAAACUUUUGAUGGUCCACUAACCAGUGGACAUAGUUUAUCCGUGAAAGUCUCAGCAUGCUAUUGUGUAGGUUACUAGCAUGACCAAUGACAACUGUCCAGUGCAGAGGCGUACCAAGUUUGUGUUAGAGUUAAGGUUAGGCGCUCAAAAAUCCGUGAGCCGGUCAAAUUUUUUUAUAGUGGUGCACUUUUAGUUCUUGCCAUGGGCAUUUUAUGUCAAUAUGUCCUCAUGGUCCAAAGUUCAGUUCUUUUAAAAUUUUCCACAAAAAAAUUGACAAACAAAGAUAAUCUUAUUUUUUUAAAUGUUAUGCUCUUUUUUUUCUUUAUAUUUUUUGUGCAUUAAGCCUAGCGAACAUCCACACUGUACAAAUCCUUUUGGCACUGAUUGGUAGACUUCGUAAGGAGUACUGUUGAGUUUGGAGAGUCUUGAAAUUAGAGAAAUUAAUAAAACAUUUUUUUUUAUUAUUUUGAUUCAGCUGUUAAUUAUCUUUUAUAAAAUUUCAAUUAGAAAUGUUAUCCUAAGAGUGGGUCAUUUCCCCCCCCCCCCUUCCCAAUUUUUUUUUGAAAUUUUUAGCUUCAUAUACCAGGGGUGUGGUUCAUUUUUUAUUUCUUUUAAUAUUCAAAUCUGAUAUAAGACUUAUCUUGACAUCUGUAUCUAUUAUAAAAUUUCAAUUAGAAAUGUUAUCCUAAGAAUGGGUCAUUUCCCCCCCCCCCCUUCCCAAUAUUAUUUUGAAAUUUGUAGCUUCAUAUAUCAGGGGUGUGGUUCAUUGUUUAUUUCUAUUAAGAUUCAAAUCUGAUAUAAGACUUAUCUGGACAUCUGUAUCUGAAUCACAUAUAAAAUAGUAUGCUAAUAAACAUUUCAAUAAAUAAUUAAAUUUAUAGUUGCUUAUUAUCAUAACUUAUAUCUUUAAUGACUUGUAGGUACAAAUACAAACCCAGGAGUAUGGAGGGAAGUACAAAAACCUUAUGGAUUGUAUCAGAACUGUGCAGAAUCAAACUUUGGUGAGAUUACUAUAGCCCUAUCUUGUUUAUGAAAAGAUAAACUUAUUUUUAUCAGCAUCGUGUUAAUUAACAUUUGGUUACUUACAUUUGAUACUGCCCAAUAUCCAUCAACAUUAGAUACAUAUUAGAUACAAUUUUACUUCUUCUUAUCAAGAAUGGCCUAUACUCUCUUUUCAAUAUACAUUUUUAAAAACAAUGAAAUGAAAAUCCCCCCCCCCCUCAAAAAAAAGUCAUUGGCAAAUUAAUGAUGGCUGAAAAUUUAUUUUAAUUGCCUGUAUUUCAUUUGUAUCAUUCAUCAUUGCGUUUCUACCCAGAUCUAAAUAGUUAAGAUUUUAUGCACAAACUUAAAAGUUUGAACACUUAAAUUUUUAACAUAUAAAAUAUUGUGAUUUAAAUUGAUAAAUUUAAUGGGAGAUAAAACAAGUUGCAACUAUAUCCUACAGCAGUUUGAAUUUGAAGUAAUGACAGAAACAUAUUUUUAUGUAAAAAAUAUUUUUUAAAGUACAUCAGGGGAAAGUACAUUUUCUGUAACAUGAUCUUUAUAAAGGUUCUUUUUUUAAGUUGCUAGGUUUUUAGUAUCCUGUAAAAUUUGGAAAACCUGAUGAAUGCAUUUUCAGAUUUAAAGAGACAAUAUAUUUACACAUAUUAUGUUAAUAUAUAUUUCCAUAUUUCAUUACUUUUAAAACCACAACUGUCAACAGUCCAAGGGAUACUUUCGGGGACUCAGUUGGCCACUGUUUUCAUAUGGAUACCUCAAUGCUGUUUUCUUUGGCUCCUAUGGACUUCUAAUGAAAAAGUUUCAGUACAAUGAUGAUUUGAAUCACCAGCCUAGGUAUGCAAUGGUCGGAACUAUUGCAGCCUUGGCAACUAUACCACAGUUGGCAUUUUCCUGUCCAGUGGAGGUUAUUAAAGUUUUGCUGCAGUCACAGAUACCUCACACACAUGAUGGUAAUAAACAAUCUUCUAUUUAAGUCAUUGGUUUUUACCAUACUAAAAAAAGUAUAUAUAUAUAAAUUACCAUGUAAAAAAUUCAGUUAAGUCACUUCUUUAUUUAUAAGGAUAUUUUUUGGGAAAUAUGAACUAAUAAGUUUAAGAUCAUUUGUCUUAAAAGUGAUAUUUGAAAAUAUUAAUUUAGUAUAUUAAAAUACUUUGUGAAAACUAUUUUUUCCCUAAAUCUAAUCUUUGCCUUACUUCAAUGAUUUUUAUUUUAUGACUUUUUUCCCAUGUUAUUUAAUAUAAUGUGUAGGGUAAAAAUAAAUUUCUUGUUUAAAUUUGUUUUAAAAAUUAAAACAUAUGCAAGUUACAAAGAGAAAUAAAAAUGUGAAAAUAAAUAUAGAACAAUAAUUAAUUGAGAAAUACUCUUAAAUAGAUGACUCAUGGUUUCCUGGUUAGGAAUGUUUUAUUAUGUCUUUUAUAAAGGUAAAAAUGACCUUUGGUUUCUUUCCCAUGUUUUUUAAGCUUUGUUGCAAACCCAUCUCUAAUAAACUAUGCUAGUGGUGGGAUACCUUUUUAUGACCACCAAUGUGAGAAGAAUUAUUUUAUGUUACCAUGUAAAUAAUAAGCACAUGAAACCUUUAGGUCAUACUCUACUCCAAUAAACCAAGAAGCAUUUUUUUAAUAUUGAGAAUAAAUAAAAUAUAAUCAUUAUUGCAUUAAAAAUUCAUUUUGACUUUCAGUUCCCAAAGUCCAGCUAACAAAGUACUUUAAUGGCCCUUUAGAAGCAGCAGGUAGCAUAGUGAAAAAAUCUGGGAUUCAAGGACUAUAUCGAGGCUUGUUUACUCAGUUUGUACGGGACACACCUGCAGCUGCCAUGUACAUGACAGUGUAUACAUUUUUCCAGUAUGAGAGCCUUCACCGUAUUCCCACAGUCCCAAGCCAGCUGGUCAACUUUGUUGGAGGGGGCUUGGCGGGAGUGAUGAGUUGGCUGAUCAUUAUGCCGUUUGAUGUUGUGAAAAGUAAGCUGCAAGCUGAUGCCCAUGGCCUUGUUUAUAAAGGAUUCUGGGACUGUGCCAGAAAGGUUUAUGUCAGUGAUGGUUUGCAUGCCUUUUUCCUUGGCCUUGUUCCAAUGGCUGUCAGGGCAUUUCCUGUUAAUGCUGUCACUUUAAUGGUUUAUUCUGAAAGCUUAGUGUAUUUGAAAAAAACUGAACGGAUUGAAGUUUGAACAAGUGAUUACCAUUAGAUGUUAACGAAAAUUUAGCAGUGAAAAUAAUUUAAAAAGGUUAUCUUAUUUAUGUCUGUUAUAAAACUGGUUUUUUUUUAAAUUUGGCUUGUUAGAAUAACAAUAUGUAACAAAGGACUGAAAGCCACUACACAAAGAAAAACUAUAUUAAACCACAAACUGUGGUUGGCCGAAAAAAUCUGCCGAUAUUUUUGUUAAAAUUGGUUGAUAAAAAAUAUGGUCAGAUAGCAACUUCCAAUCCAGUAUUUAAACGGAAUUAUAGCCACUAGCCUAAUAAUUCAAUCAUCUUCCUAGUCAAGCUGUUUGUUGAGAACUUAAAAAUAAGUAGUUUUUAAUGGAAGAUUUAUAUCGCUGUUUUUUUAAAGCUAAAAUGGUUGAAGCCAUGGCUGGGUCUUUAGUACGAGAACUAAUAGAAAUAUUUCUGAAGGUUUUUUAGGAGAGGAUUUAAGUGAUACUGAUGAUGAUUUUAACAUUCCCCAUGACAAUCUCAGUUUGGAUUCUUCCUCUAAUGAAUCUGAUACUAAUCCUGGUGAUACUGAAGUAGGCCUACUAUUAGACUUUGAGAUAGGCCCAGAGGUUGGGCAAGGACUGACUGAAUUUUAGUAGCAGAAUCUACAGAGAAGAGACCAGAACUAAUAAAUUUUAUAGUUAGGACAACCCAAAUCAGUUCCACAGUUCCUUUUUAAAUGUUUACUUGUCAAUAAUAACUUUUUUGCCUGAGAUUUUGUAUGUUGUACUUGGUUUUAAAAUUACUAAAAUUGCUUUCAGAGGCUUAAUUGUAAUCAAAACCUUAGCAAACUAUACAUUUUCUGAAAGAUAAAUGCAUUGGCUACCAGAUUUAUAUUAGUAUUUAAUGGAAACUAUAAAAAUUAAUGAUGUUAUGAACACUUGAAAGCAAGACAUUGUGUUGAUUUUUUUUCUUUAGCACUCCAAGGUCAAGGACACUGAACAAACAUUUUUUUUACAGGUUGGACAAUAUAACUUUAUCCCUAUCCAUUUACCUUUCUAAAAAUAUAUACUUAUUGGGGUCAAUAUUGUAUUGUAUCAAUAUUUCUAUGCUAUGUCAUUUAAUGCUAUUUCCAAAUGCACUCAAAAAGCUCUAAAAAGCUCCCACACUACAGAAUGAUCUAUGCCACAGUUCGUGGGUUAAUAUUAACAAUAAUCAAUUUAAUUAUACUAUUACAUUGAGGUAAGAAUAAAAAAUCACAUAUACAGAAAAAAAAACUGUAUUGACUGACUUACAGCACAGCAAGUGAACAAGUAUAGUACUAAAAAGGUACAAAUAUCAAAUACACCCACAGUGAAAAAUCAUAUUAGUCUUGUAGGGCUCCUGUAAGUCUGCUGGCCACCGCCAACCUUAAUAUUAAUAGGGAGGGAGUCAGAACUCUCCAGAACAGAAAGUCUAGUAAUUCAAUUGCCAGAGAGUAUUUCUCCCUCUUUAUAGUAUAAUAUAGAUCCUUCUGGAAAUGUAAACAAACUUUCCCAAUCAAGGGCAGUAAAAUCAGUAAAG